GUAAGUAAUAAAGAAGCAGAAACUACAUGGAAAGAGCUUGAUCCACCAAAUUUGUACAAAGAGAAGUAGAAACACAUCAUUGUGUAGUGGAAACUAUGGCAAAAAACCCUUGUUGUGAAAGGAUGGGAAUGAGGAAAGGACCAUGGAGUGCUGAAGAAGAUCAAAUAUUGAUUUCUCAUAUUCAAACAUAUGGUCAUGGAAAUUGGCGUGCUCUUCCUAAACAAGCCGGUUUGUUAAGGUGUGGUAAGAGUUGUAGACUUCGUUGGAUAAACUACUUGAGACCAGAUAUCAAACGAGGUAAAUUUAGCAAAGAAGAAGAAGAUUCAAUCCUAAAGCUACAUGAAGUUCUUGGUAAUAAAUGGUCUGCAAUUGCAGCAAGAUUACCAGGACGAACAGAUAAUGAAGUGAAGAACUUUUGGCAUACACAUUUGAAGAAAAAGGUGCAAAAAAGUGAAGUGUACAAUGUCAAUACCUCUUAUUCAUAUACUUUGGAUGAGGCACAAGCAAGUGAUGGUUAUAGUAGUGUCGGUGAAAAAAGAGUUAUUUCCAAUUAUGGUUUAGUCUCAAGCAAGGAUCCAAACACUGUAGGGUCAGGAUUUUACAAUGCAACCUCUUGUGAUACUUUAGGAGAAAAUAUGGACCAUCAUGGUUCAAGUCAGAUUAGUGAAGAAAUUGAAUUUUGGUACGAUGUAUUCAUUAAAUCAGGUCAACCAUCAUGAGGAAGUGGAAAUUUAGGAGAUUUCUAUUUCUCUUUAUAUAAGUUAAUUAUUCUUGGUUUCAGGUUUGUGUACAGAAUUUGAGAUCCAUUUUGGUGGUGCGAAUUGGCAUAAUAAAAAUAAAGGUGAAUCAUUCGGUAUA